ACGUCGUUCUAGUCUUGUCGCAUGCUCGAACCGUGCUUGUCACUUCUCGACGUCGACAGAGAAAAUCUCGCGUGGCUGGCUGCGUUCUCUCUCUCUCCACCUCCACCAACACACGCGCUACUUACCAGCACCUCUCUCUUCCUUCUCCCCACCUCCUCCUCCUCCACUCUCUCUCUCUCCCUCCCUUUGAGUGAGCGAGAGAUCUCCCGAAACCUGAGCGAGGCGGUCCCGGAGACACCAGAGAGGCGAUAUCCUCGUAAAGCGCAACAUGGCUACAAUUGUAACCUCCACCAGGUUUACAGACGAAUAUCAGCUGUACGAAGAGCUCGGAAAGGGAGCCUUCUCUGUUGUUCGGCGAUGUGUAAAGAAAUCAACCGGCCAGGAAUAUGCUGCUAAGAUCAUCAACACAAAAAAGUUGUCAGCAAGAGAUCAUCAGAAGCUGGAGAGAGAGGCCCGGAUCUGCCGUCUGCUCAAACACCCCAACAUAGUGCGUCUCCAUGACAGUAUCUCAGAAGAAGGCUUUCAUUACCUGGUUUUUGACCUUGUGACUGGUGGAGAACUGUUUGAAGACAUUGUCGCAAGAGAAUAUUACAGUGAAGCAGAUGCAAGUCAUUGCAUCAAUCAGAUCCUGGAAAGCGUCAGCCACAUCCACCAGCAUGACAUUGUGCACAGGGACCUCAAGCCAGAGAACCUGCUGCUGGCCAGUAAGAUGAAGGGGGCGGCAGUGAAGCUGGCUGAUUUUGGCCUUGCCAUCGAGGUGCAGGGAGAUCAGCAGGCCUGGUUCGGUUUUGCAGGCACUCCUGGAUACCUCUCCCCUGAAGUCCUGAGAAAGGAUCCGUAUGGCAAACCAGUGGAUAUUUGGGCCUGUGGUGUGAUCUUGUAUAUCCUGCUGGUGGGUUACCCUCCUUUCUGGGAUGAGGAUCAGCACAAACUAUAUCAACAGAUCAAGGCUGGAGCCUAUGACUUUCCCUCUCCAGAGUGGGACACUGUUACCCCAGAGGCCAAAAACCUCAUCAACCAGAUGCUGACCAUCAACCCAGCAAAGAGGAUCACGGCUGACCAAGCACUCAAGCAUCCGUGGGUCUGCCAACGCUCCACUGUUGCCUCCAUGAUGCAUCGUCAAGAAACUGUUGAGUGUCUGCGCAAGUUCAACGCCCGCAGAAAACUGAAGGGGGCCAUUUUGACCACCAUGCUGGUGUCCAGGAACUUCUCAGUGGGUCGGCAACACACCACCCCCGCUACCCCCACCACCAGCACAGCUGCACUGGCACAGGAAGCAUGCAAAAGUUUACUGAACAAAAAGUCUGAUGGCGUGAAGCCACAGACAAACAACAACAAAAACAGUGUAGUAAGCAGCAGCACCAAAGACAGCAGCAUAUCAUCCACUGCACCAAUGGAAUCACAGACCACUGUCGUGCACAAUCCAGCCGAUGGCAUCAAGGGGUCUACAGAGAGCUGUAACACCACAGAAGAGGAGGACAUGAAGGAUAGGAAAGUAUUGGUGGGCGAGGCUAGCAAUGACAGUGCAGUGGUCAGCCAAUGCAGUGGCUCCGAUGAGCCGGCUCCUCAGACCGAGGCCUCUCCCCCCUGCCCACUACCCACCGAACUGCCACAUGAUGUUAAGAAUGUUGCUUGGAACAGUUCAGGUCAGAGCUCCUGCCCUGAUUUAGAGCCUGCUGUACCUGCUCCAGCCUCCACAACACCAGGGGGCAGCAGCGUGCACAGGCAGCAGUCACGAAAGCAGGAGAUCAUUAAAAUCACGGAGCAGCUGAUUGAGGCCAUCAACAAUGGAGAUUUUGAAGCUUACACGAGAAUCUGUGACCCUGGCCUGACCUCUUUUGAGCCCGAGGCACUUGGAAACCUGGUCGAGGGAAUGGACUUCCAUAAGUUCUACUUUGAGAAUUUGCUGAGCAAGAACAGUAAGCCUGUGCACACAACCAUCCUGAAUCCUCACGUGCACCUAAUCGGAGAGGACGCCGCCUGCAUCGCUUACAUCCGACUGACGCAGUACAUCGACGGCCAGGGCCGGCCACGCAGCAGCCAGUCAGAGGAGACACGCGUGUGGCACCGUCGAGAUGCCAAGUGGCUUAACAUCCACUUCCACUGCUCCGGAGCGCCUGCCGCACCUCUACAGUGAACCACACAGGGCAAAGCAUGCCUGAAUACUAAAGCUGAUUGGAGCAUUUCUUCUCCGUGCACGUCUUGCCGCCUGGAGCCCGGCCAGAAGAGAACCUCUUGAAGUUUUGAAAAAGUGAGGGAAAAAAUUGACACAACUAAGAAAUAUAUUUAAAAGUGGCCACCACUUCAGUCCAACUCUAGCUAGAUGUGGGGCGGGCGGCCACGGCAGCAGCCCUGCCUUCUGGAUGCUGCAUGCUUCUAAUGCCCACACGGGGCGCUGUAUUGUCUUUACCCAUAAUCCCAUAAUCUCUGCUGCCCAACAUUCGGAAAUGGUGUUUAAAGUAUUAGUAAUAUAUUGUAAAAUAUUGAGAUAUUCACAUGUGUAAUUAACAGCUGGUAGAGAUGGAAGUUAGAAUCAGAAAUGUGAAUUUUUGAAGAGCACACGCCAUUUUAAGAGUAAAUGGUGUGAGUUUAUUACGUUUAAGAAAACAUUUUUCUCUUUUGUUAUUCUUUUUUUACGCAAAGAAUGUGAUGGCAUGGCAUAUCAGAGGGAACGACGCACCAAAGUGUAGACUCUUAGACUUUGAGAAGAGGAUGUUUUAAUGUUGCUUUUAUUUUCAUCGGAAAGGGGAAAUGGGGUUGGGGAAGAUUUUUUUUUUUUUUUUUUUCUGGCUUUCUGUCGUGUUUUUGUGGAACUAUUGAUUUUUAAUCUUUUGAAUGAUGCUGUAUUUGAAAGUAUUUUGUGUUUUAAAGUGGGACAGGAUUUAAUAUAGUUCUGCAUAAAUAGAUAUUUAUAACGAGGAAGGACAAAACGGUCUGUGGUGUCCGCGGGAAAGGGUGGGAGAUGUGUGUGUUUGUGCAAGUAUAAAUGUUCUUUCUUGGGUUUAAGAAGCUUGUUGCUAUGUAGUGUUUUGCGUAGAUCUUCUUUCCACACACUUCCACAUGAGGCCUAAACUCAAAUUGGGUUGGUUUACUUGCCUUUGUGUAUGUUUGCACCCAUAACCUCCCGGCUCUCUGAACCUGAAGUUGCAGAACUCUCACUUACUUUGAUUCAAGUUUUUUGUAUGUCUCUUGGUCCCCAGGGGGCGCUAAACACUACACACAAACACGCUCGCAGCUCUCGCCCUCCCUCACAGUUACUCGGCUCACCCUUUUAUGCUUCCAGCUGUUCAUUUUGUAGACUAUAAGCAUGUCGAAAAAUAAAAAAUUGAAAUGGCUUGUACUGUUUUGCACAUAAGCUUGAGACUAUGCUGUUCUGUUCACUUUUUUUGUGGACUGCUUUGCAACUUCAGGUUAUGAAAUCCAUCCAUAGGGGUCCACGCUCUAGAAGAAGACCCAAACUGUCACAUUACCCUUCCAGGAGUGUCUGAACACUUGUUCUGGCACUGUUUAUGUGGUCUCAUUGUCAUACAUAGUGACUUGAUUGUGGUUUUGGUAAAACAGUGAUCACCUGAGUAUCUACAGGCAGGGAAUUGAAUGAAAAUGACUUGAUGAAUGCAGUUCCAGGGUGUUUUGGGGUCCAUCUUGUGGCAGAAUCUGUUCUGGGUAUAUUGGAUUUGUUUAGGAUCUUGUUUUAUUUUAUUUUUUUUCCAGUAUAAUCUGUAAAUACUAAUGCAUAUCAUUGAUGAGGGAUGAUUCGAAUGCUUAGCCAGUCGUCCUCAUCCAGAUGCACGUACACUCACAGACUUUCAGUACACACAGUAAACAUGCGUUGUUAAAAAAAUGUCAGUUUGGGUGUGUUAAAGCACAUGGACACAUUGUGCUCCCUUUAAAGUUUACCUGUGACUUUCAUACAUCAGAACACUGUUCUUGACCGUGUUAUGUAAAAUCCUGUGUGUGAAUUGUGAUGCCUAGGGGGCUUGCUGUUCCCCCCUUUACUCUGUGCUAAGCCAUUUCUUGUGACAUAUUACCUUUUAAAGUUGGGCAAAUGUUGCACCUAAGUCUAUAUGUUGAAAAAAGGGAGGAAAGAUAGUACUCCUGCCCUACGGCAUCUUGUUACUUGUCCACAGAUGAAACCGUCUGGCACUGUGAUGUCUGCCAUACCUUCAUACUGCGCUCUCUGUUGCCCCCUGCUGCAGUAUGUCUUCUAACAGUGUGAUCAGCCCUAGUCUCUGGCCACUUCCUUCACUCAUAGUGUGUCCUCUCAGAUAUGAGAGUGUUCUUGUUUAAAAAAAAGUGCAGUUUAGUCUGUUAAACUUACAAAAAAAUAAAAAUGUAAAUGGUUAAGAGGUGUUUCCAGAUGCAGGAGAUUAUAGUUCUUGUAUUUCUUAUGACUGUUAGAUGGAUACAAAUGCCUUUGUAUGCUAAGUGAAUAAUUCCUGAAUUAAAUAACUCCCACAAACCAUAUAUGCAGUUCAGCAGAAGGAAAAUAUGCAUGUGUAACUUUCUUGUAAUGAUUUUCACUGUCUGUGUUACCUAAAAUUGAAAUAUGUGUAUAUUACCUGCAUCUUCAAGGUAAAUGAAAUGUGGCUCUGAGAUAUGGUUUCCAAUGCUAAUUUUGUAAAGAAAUUGACUAAAAGAGAUUAACAAAGCUGUAGCUUGGUAUGUCGCCCCAUUCUUGUCGGUUUUUUGCAUUGUAACCAUAUAUGAUGGGACUACAUAUGAUUAUACUCUGAGGUUUAAUUGGAUGCUGGAUUUGUUUUGCAUGACCAUACAAUUAAUAAAACUAUGAAUUUAAAUCUA